AUGCCCGCAUACAUACAUCUUUCCCGGUCCCAACACAACCUGCAGCGGGAAAGGGAGCGGCUAGCCCAGCACCCCCCCCCGACCACAAUUCCCAUGCGCACAUAUCAUUCAUCAGAGGGCGGCAACCCCCCAGCAAUGCAGCCAGACGAGCCAGCCGACAUUCGGCCCCCCCGUUCCCCAGCACCCAUCCCCAGGCAGGGGUCGCCAAGGAGCGGGGUAGCCCAGAGACCCCAGGCACCCAACGACCGCAGCCAGAAAGCCACCACCCCCCCAGAGGCCACUCACACACUCAAUCAUCCUAUGCAGUCGAGGGAGCACGGACCUGGGACCAGCCACCCCAAAGCCCCCAAACAGGCGCGGGGACCCACCACACUCCACACCUCCCCAGUCUUACAUGCACUAGGGAUGCAGCGAUCACCGGCACAGUGCCACCCCGCAGCACCAGACCCAGCGACCAGCACCCCUGCCCCAGGUCCCAAUCGCCACCACGGCCGCACUCCACCACCGCACCCCGAGAGAACCCCCAGCGACGCCCCCCACCCCCCACAGGGGCCACAACCCCCCAGGCCCACCUGCAGUCCCCCUCCCCCUCCCCCACCGCCACCACACCACAACCCUCUCUCAUUCACCGAACAUACAUCGGCAAGUCCAGGCCAGCCCAGACACCCCAGCGCAUGCCAGGUUCCCCCCCCACCCCGGGAGGGGCAGCACCCGGACCCCAGGGCCCAGGAACCGCACCCCGCCCACCCCCGACCAGCCCAGCCACCCGACCCAGGGGACGCCGGCCACCGACCCAGGCCCAACCCGGAGCCCCCCACCCCACCACCACAGGGCAACUCCGGCGUCGGGUCCACCCCCGCCCCAACCAGGACAAACACCAAACCGCCCCCAGAGCAGGGCGGUCUAGACCCCCACUCCGAGGGACCACUAGUGACCCGUAGCCCCGCGGCACCUCCUGCCGGCCUCCUAACACUCAGAGUGAUGUGA